AUGCAUGGAGCUGAGCUAAUCAAAAAGAAUUUAAAAUGGCGUGUGGGAAAUGGCAAUUCUAUUAAAUUUUGGUACGAUUUUUGGCUCUUGCCCCAAGCCCUUAUUAACUUUGCUCUCUCUUCUGCUGUGAUUUUUGAAGAUGCUGUGAUUAGUAAUUUCUGGAAUGCUGAGGUUUGGGAUGUGGAGCUUCUGUUGUCUGUGCUCUCUAGAGAAAUUGUUAAUCUUAUUGUUAAUGUGCCAACUGGUUUUAGUGAGAGUGGUGAUGAUACUAGAAUUUGGUGUUCUACUUCUAAUGGCCAAUUUUCAGUGAAGUCUGCCUAUAGCUCUAUUUUUUAUUCUUCUGAUCCUAUGAAUCCUCAAUGGAAAGCUAUGUGGAAGCUUGACCUUCCCCCUAAACUCAAGACCUUUUUGUGGACUAUUCUUCAUAAAAAGCUGCUCACCAAUGUUCAACGUGCUACCAGAGGCUUUACUUCUAGCCCUUCUUGUCCCAUUUGUCACUCUGCUGAUGAGACUCUAUUGCAUUUGCUGAGAGACUAUCCUAGAGCUAAAAUUAUAUGGAGAGCUUUCAGUAAACCUUGGAGAAACAAGCAAGUUUUUGAACCUAGUUUUGUUCUUCCUACUAGUUUCAAAAAGAUCAUCUGGGACUAUGCUUUGGAAUGGAGAAAAUCUAAACUGAAAUCCAAUAACAAUUACAUGUUCAGCUAUACUAUGCAUGCUUGGAAAAAGCCUCCUGAAAAUUUUUUCAACCUCAAUGUUGAUGGAACUAGAGUAUCUCUUACUGGUAAAAUUGGUGCUGGUGGUGUCAUUCGAAAUCAUUAUGGUGAUUGGAUCAGUGGUUUCCAAAUUAAUCUUGGAGUUGGAGAAAUUUUGGAUGCUGAAGCUUGGGGUCUUUUUCAGGGCCUGAAGCUUGCUGUUAGCUUGAAUAUCAAUAACCUUAUCAUUGAGUCUGAUUCUGCAAUCCUGGUCCAGCUGAUGAAUAACUCUGAGUUUGGCAAUCAUCCUUUAGGAUCUCUUCUUCAGGGAUGCAGUAGCUUGAUGAACAAGAUGGAGAUGAAGAGUGCCACCUUAUCUCAUAUCUUCAGAGAAUGCAACUCUACUACUGAUGCCUUAGCUAAAUGCAGCAUUUCUCAUGAGCUUAGCCUUGUCUGUGUAGACAGCCCUCCUGCUCAUGUUGUUGAUGCAUUCUGA